GCCUAGUAAUGCUCAGCCACCACACUCUGCUCGACUUGCUCUAUCCGGAGCAGACGACUAGACCUGCCCGUCGCAUUUGGUCACUUGAAGCAACACUCAUCGACGCAGAUUCACAAGUCCAGCUUCAGUCCUCUUUUUACGAUAAUCGCCGGCUGUCUCAUCUUUAACUGUUUCCAUCAUUGCGCAGCAUCGGAAAAGACGCCAUGCUUCUCCGGUUCGAAGAGGCUACGGAAUAUUCCGCCACGAUCUCGCUGCACUGCAACGAAGAUCCGAACAAUUACUACUCAGCGCUGGUGCAGAGCCAGAGCAUCGCCACUAUUCCGUCAUUCACGCUCGAAUCCGGCGUUACAUUGCAAUCAGUCCCCGUUGCCUACUCGACAUGGGGCUCGCUGAACGAAGAACGCGAUAAUGUACUCGUGGUCUGCCACGCCUUGACCGGCAGUAGCGACGCCUUGGACUGGUGGCGCCCUUUGAUUGGUCCUGGGAACGCUCUGGACUAUACGCGUUACUUCGUCUUCUGCGCGAAUGUACUAGGGUCUCCAUACGGUUCAGCGUCGCCACUAUGUGCGAACCCGACCACUGGACGGCCAUAUGGUCCUGCGUUUCCGGAAACUACAAUUCGAGAUGAUGUCCGCAUUCACAAGCUUGUUCUUGAUGCGCUCCGUGUUCGAAGCAUCGCAGCUGUCAUUGGAGGUUCGAUGGGCGGCAUGACGACGCUCGAGUGGCCACUUUGCACUCCCCAUGGCUACGUGAAGAACAUCAUACCUAUCGCUACUUCCGCAUAUCACGGCGCAUGGGGAAUUUCUUGGGGCGAAACCCAACGGCAAGCCAUCUACUCCGACGCUGCCUUCAAGAGUGGCUGGUACGAACCAACACCGGAAGGGCAGCCUAAGAAAGGCCUCGGAACUGCCCGCAUGAUCGCAAUGCUCACAUACCGCUCGCACUGCUCGUUCGAGUCGCGGUUUAGUCGAAAACCCGCUGCGAGCGCGACGAAAGUAUUAUCUGCUGGAGGGCUACCCACUCCGCCAUCGUCGCACCGAGGGAGCUUGUCACCCGACACUGAAGUCCUCCAGGAACAGCAAUCCCCCAUCAACUUCUCAGCGCAAAGUUACCUCCACUACCAAGCCGACAAGUUCCUCAAACGCUUCGAUGCGAAUUGCUACAUCCAUCUCACAAAAAAAAUAGACACGCAUGAUGUCACCCGCGACCGCGUCCCAUGCGUCUCGCGCCCUCCUAGCGAAGAGCAGCUACAUGCUGUGCUCGGCGUCGUCCCACCAAAGGCCCUGGUUGUCAGCGUGGAAACGGACGUGCUGUUUCGGCCGGAGCAGCAGCUAGAGCUUGCGAAGUGCCUGCCAGAUGCAAAGCUUGUAGUUCUGGAGAGCCCAGAUGGUCACGAUGGGUUCUUGUUAGAGUUUGAAACGCUGAAUAGGGCUAUUAAGGCGCAUCUAGAGGAGCGGUGUCCCUGGGUGUAUGAAAGCGAGGCGAACGAAGACGCCGAUAAGGAAGCGGAGGGAGUUGUGAAUAGCGUCUUUGGUGAAGCUGAGUGCGUCGAGUUCUAGGUCAUCUUGAAUUAAAAAUGUCUGUUCCAGCCCUGGGCCAUAGCGGGUUUCGCUGACAGUGG